CAUACGCACUUCUUCCCCAGCCGCGAUGACGACCAAAUCCAAGUCCAAGCAGGAGGAGGCCCUCGCAUUCCUCGACGACCUUGACAACAUUGCGCCUCCUCCCCCCGAGGCGUCCACCGGCUCUGGUGCCCCUCCCGCUGCGGCUGCCCCCAAGCCUGGCGAGGGCGAGGCGGAGUUUCUAGCGUUCAUCGACGAGAUCACGCAGAAGAGCGCGGAGCCGGUGCCGCAGGUGAAGACGCGCAGUCCGGCCGCGACGCUCUCGAGGAGUGGAACGCCUACAGUGCGCAAGAGCACCGAGCGCUUCAAGCUUAGCUCGCAGGGGCGUGCAACGCCCCCCGCGCCCACAGCGGCAGCUUCGGAGAAGUCGUCUGGAUCGUCUGAGCCUCAGGAGGCCCCUCAAGCUGAAGGGGGAAGCGGUGGUGGGUGGGGCUGGGGCUCGUGGAAUACUGGCUCUGUAUGGAAUGCGGUUCAGCAAGCGCGCCAUGUCGUGGAGGAGCAGGCCAAGAACCUCCCUCAGAACGAGCAGGCGCGCAAGUGGGGUGAGGGAGUCAUAGCAUAUGCGAACAAGGCGAACCUCCCCGUUGAUAUCAACAAACUUGGUGCCGACUUCAAGCGUGUCGGAUUAUCUACUCUCACCGACAUUCUCAACGUCGUCGCCCCUCCCAUCUCUGAGCACGAAGUGAUUCGCGUCUGGCUCAGUCACGAUCUGCGAGGUUAUGACGGCAUUCAGAGUUUGGUCUACCGCGCGCUCAUCAGGAUACUCGAGCAAGUCGAGGGCGGUGAUCUCAUCGUCAACAGUGGCAAGGAGAUUCGCCCGAAGGAACCCUCAUCAGACGAAGAGGGCGUCCGCGAUCUCGCUGUGGUUGACGGCUACGAGACCGCACUGAAGCUUUCUCAAGCAAACCUUGAAGAACUCAUCAAACUCUCUGCCUCGCAUGAGAAGAAGACCACGCAAUCCAACAUCACUGUCCCGCUCACCUACUCCGACGUCUACCUCCGUAUCCAGGCCUACACUGCUACGCGCCAUCUCCCUACGCAAAUAAUCGAGCCCGACUCUCAGGCAACUACCCCCUCCGCUCCGCCCGUCCACCAGGACAUCCACUUCCUGCUCUACCUUUCGGACCCCAGUCACUCGCUCACGCACACCACCGUCACGCAGGCUGUGCCCGCGGACUGGAUCGACCUUUGGAACGGUGACGCUGAGAAGUAUGAGUGGGUGGAGGACCUGAUGGCCGAGGCGCUGCGUAUCGGUGUCGAGGUGCUCGGGCAGGGCUAUGUGGUGGAGCGCAUGGGCUGGACGGAACAGAAGGACCUCAAGGUGCCAGAGGAGGCGGGUCAUGGACAGCAACGGGUGUCGAGCGAGACGUCUGAGGAUGCGGUUAAGGUGGAUAAGGAGGACGCUGCAUGAGCUUUGAGGAUACCCGGACGACCUGUGGAAUUUCUGUACAACAACGCGCUAUAAUCAUCAUGACUUUGAACGUCUUUCAUAGCUGUGCCAUCGUUUGCUUGUUUCAAAACCCCAGC